AUGUCACUACCCUCGACAAGUACCGAUGAUGCCAAACGUGAACAAGCAAUUAUGGUCUAUAAUCUUGACUGGUCAUCAACUUCACUUGGCCCUAUGGACUUAUGGGAACCCACUAUCAAAACUGCUAUGUCUCACAUAUUUAUAAUCAACUUUACCAAAAUAACACCCUUAUUAAAAUUAAUAGCAUUGGGAAAACCAAUGAGAGAUGUAUGGUCCAAACCAUUAUGUGAUACCGUUAUUGCACAAUUAGAAGAGUGA